CACAACGUACUCGCGGCGGAAAUGCCAUCUCGUUCUUGCCCAGCUACUUAAGCUAGAGUAAUUAUGCAGUACAUAUGGAUGGAUGGCCAGCAUCAGCAUGGGGAUGUUGCAUGCCUAUAGUCUGCAGCAGGUCGCCAGGAUGGCCUGUGUUGGCGACCACAUGUACUGUGAAAGCGUGGCACGUACUAGCUAGCUAUAGCUCCUUCGUUCCAACCCAUUCACAGCCGACCAUAAUCCUUGCGGGUUAAGUUUUCAGCUCCGAAGCUAGCUAGCGUACCUGUAACGCGUACGUCUCUCUCUGUUACGCGCAAUCGCACCACACAUCUAUAUAAGCGCUCCCCCAUAGGCCAGAGAGAAAGAGAGAGAUCCCAUACACAAAGCCAAGAUCGGCAGAGAAAGAAAGAAAGCGAGAGAGAACUACACUCCGUCUCUCCAUCCCUUGUGACCAUUCUAGCUAGGGAUGAGCUACGACUUUGUGCCGUCAUCGUCGUCUCUGAUGGCGGCCGUCGUGGGGUGCUCAUGCUGCGCCGUGGCGGCGGCGGCGGCGGCGGCGUACGUGUGCGUGGCGGCGUGGCUGAGCAGCUGGCCGCGGCGCGUCGGGGAGGCGUUCCGGCGACAGGGGAUCGACGGGCCGCCGCCGUCGUCGGUGCUGUCGGGGAACCUCCCGGAGAUGCAGGCAAGAGCUUCGGCGGGCGCGCGAAACGAUGACUUCAGGAGGGAUGGCUUCGACGACUACUGCAAGAGAAUCUUCCCCUACUUCGACAAGUGGAGGAAAGCCUACGGUGACACGUACCUGUACUGGCUGCGCCGGCGCCCGGCGCUGUACGUGACGGACCCGGAGCUGAUCAGCGAGAUCGGGCGGUGCGUGUCCCUCGACCUGGGCAAGCCGACGUACCUGCAGAAGGGCCAGGAGCCGCUCUUCGGCGCGGGCGUCCUCAAGACCAACGGCGCCUGCUGGGCGCGGCAGCGCAAGGUGAUCGCGCCCGAGUUCUACAUGGCCAAGGUGAGAGGCAUGGUGGGGCUCAUGGUGGACGCCGCGCAGCCCCUGCUACGCUCCUGGGAUGCCGCCGUCGACGCCGCCGGCGGCUCCAAGGGCGUGGCCGUGGUGGACGUGGACGGCGACAUCCGGAGCUUCUCCUUCGACGUGAUCUCCCGGGCCUGCUUCGGGGGCGACUACUCCCGGGGCCGCGAGAUCUUCCUCCGGCUCCGGGCGCUCUCCGGGCUCAUGUCCGAGCCCAGCGUCAUCUUCGCCGUGCCUUCGCUGCGCUACGUGCCCACGGCCAAGAACCGCCGCGUCUGGCGGCUGACAAAGGAGAUCCACUCCCUCAUCCUGGAGCUGGCCAGGGGGCGUGCACGCCGUGGCGCCGGACGCGCUGAGAAUGAGAAUGAUGAGCCGCGCGACUUCCUUGGAUCCAUCAUCGACAACAGCAGCGGGCAGCCCCGGCCGGACGACUUCGUGGUGGACAACUGCAAGAACAUCUACUUCGCGGGGCACGAGACGAGCGCCGUCACCGCCACCUGGUGCCUCAUGCUGCUCGCCGCGCACCCGGACUGGCAGGACAAGGCGCGCGCCGAGGUCCUCGACGUCCUCGGCACCGGCACCGGCACCGGCGCCGGGGAUCCCCUGGCGCCGGACUUCGAGGCUGUGUCGAGGAUGAAGACGCUGGGCAUGGUGGUGCAGGAGACGCUGCGGCUGUUCCCGCCGUCGUCCUUCGUGGUGCGCGAGGCGUUCCGGGACAUGUCCCUGGGCGCGCGGCGCGUGCCCAGGGGCACGUACAUCUUCGUGCCGGUGUCCGCGAUGCACCACGACGCGGCGUCCUGGGGCCCCACGGCGCGCCGGUUCGACCCCGGGAGGUUCAGGGACGGCGUGGCGGCCGCGUGCAAGCACCCGCAGGCGUCCUUCAUGCCGUUCGGGCUCGGCGCGCGGACGUGCCUCGGGCAGAACCUGGCCAUCGUCGAGGUCAAGACGCUGCUGGCCGUCGUGCUCGCCAGGUUCCAGUUCGCGCUCUCGCCCGACUACCGGCACUCCCCCGCGUUCCGCCUCAUCAUCGAGCCGGAGUUCGGGCUACGCCUCCUCGUCCGCCGUGUUGGUGCUACUGAUGCUGGCCACGAAGAUGACGGCGGGUGCAAGAACUGAUACACACGCAUACCAUAUCUUCUUCAAGGAUCGUCGGUCUGGAUCGAGUUGGGGUUUUGUGAACUCCGGCGUACCGGUUAAAUUAGCUAGCACAUGGAAAUUGGGAAAAACAGUAUGAGAACAUGAUUAUACUUGCGUGAACACGACCGAUCCAUGUUACAUGUUACAUACAUACUUAGCAAUCUUGUUAGCGAUACGUCUUUGAAGUAUGUGAUUUCUCAGCAAUACAUGAAUUAAGUCACGCCCC